GGAUGCUGUUUGUAUGUGUGUGCACACAUAGGCUGGAGCCAACCUGGACAUGUUUGAUGAGGAGCAGAGAACACCACUGAUGGCGGCCUGUGAAAACAACCAUUUGGACACAGUGAAGUACCUGCUGAGAGCUGGAGCAGCUGUCAGCCACAAGGAUGUCAUGGGAUUCACCUGUCUGCAUUUGGCAGCUAAAUUGGGACAUUAUGAUAUAGUCCAUCAUCUGCUCUCCAAGGCUUCCAAAUUCAUCAACUGUCAGGAUGCUGGUGGAUGGACCGCCAUCACCUGGGCCAUCGAGUACAAGCACAAGGAGCUGGUCCACCUGCUGCUGGCCAGAGGGGCCGAUGUAAACAUCAGGGACAAGGAAGAGAAUGUCUGCCUGCACUGGGCGGCUUUGUCGGGCUGUGAUGACAUCGCUCAAGCUCUGCUGGAGGCUCGAUGCGACCUCAGUGCUGUCAACGUUCACGGUGACUCACCGCUUCAUGUUGCUGUGAGAGAGAACCACCUGGAGUGUGUGAUGUUGUUUCUGUCUCGUGGAGCUGACGUCAAUCAGAGGAACAGGGAGGGAGAGACUGUUUUGGACUGCUGCGUCUACGGCUCCAAGGUGUGGACAGCCCUCAACACCAACAAAAAGCUGACUGAUGCCAGGAGAGCCAGGGACUUUCAUGGAGAAAGAGUGCUCAGCAGGGACAUUUCUCGGGGGUACGAGGCAGUUCCUAUCACCUGUGUCAAUGGUGUUGACAACGAGCCGUGCCCUGAAAAUUUUAAAUAUGUACCAGACAACUGUGUCACCUCCUCACUGAACAUAGACAAGGACAUCACUCACUUACAGCACUGCAGCUGUACAGAUGACUGCUCAUCCAGUGCCUGCAUGUGUGGUCAGCUCAGUCUACGAUGUUGGUAUGACAGCGAGGGUCAACUACCACUGGACUUCUGUCAGCGGGAGCCCCCAGUGCUGUUUGAGUGUAACCACAUCUGCUCUUGCUGGAAAACCUGCAGGAACCGAGUGGUCCAGAAUGGACUGAGAGCCCGGCUGCAGGUCUUCAGGACACAGAAGAUGGGCUGGGGAGUGAGGGCCAUGCAGGAUAUCCGUCAAGGAACAUUCAUUUGCGAGUAUGUCGGGGAGAUCAUCACUGACGCAGAGGCCGACAAAAGGGAGAAUGACUCUUUCCUCUUCACCCUUGACAAUAAG